CCUUUUCCUCGUUCUAUUUUCGCUCCGUGCCACCAUUGGAAGAGUAACGUUUGCCAUUCGCUGCCUAGCUCGGUGGUUUUAAUGAAAGGGACUUUGAACCAAAUACGGCAUUAGGUGGAAGGAAUUGCGAGAAACGCAAGCGGGAGCUCGUGGAAAACCAGGAGAGUGGACUCCUGCUUUGAAAAGAGUUACAGUCCCAGUGUAUGCGGACUCGGAUCACGUGGUCGCUGGCGCAUUGACCUCACUUGUAUGUUUUCUGUCGAACUGUUGUCAUCGGGCGGAUAAGUCGCGUCGUUAGAGAGGCGGGGAGUUUGGCGAGUGGACGAAGGAGUUCAGUCCGGCGAUCCAGUGCGGAGGUCGGCCUCCCAGUCGAGCUCGGCGAAGGCUAAGCUAGGCUAGUUGAAAACUCCUCCGAGCUUCCGUCAUCUCCCGCGCUUUCUCUUCGUGUUCAUGUUGUUGUCCGCCGCGCCGACGCCUUUUCAACCUCCCUUUCCACACGAGCAAUCGUCUAUUUUGCCCAAUUGAUUCCCAAUUGCGUUCGGUUGGAGCCACACACUCGUUAGCCCGCCGAGCCGAUAUAGCCGCGCAGUCAAAAUGGCGGACAACGGCGACGAUAGCGGUUCGAGCAGAACAAUAACAGCCGCCGAGACGCCGAGCUCCUCGGCUGCGGACUCCACACAGCCCGAGGAUGCCGCGCUGCCGCUCCCAGCAGCCCGCGGAGGAGACGCCGAGGGAACGGAGGACGGCACCGACGAGCACAGCGUCCAGCGCGGGAACAGCUCGGACGCAAUGUCGGGCGGACAUGAGGUUCAUCAUGAUGAGGUUCACCGGGAUGAUGAGGAGGCGCAGGCAGGGUCCGACACUCAGCUGGUGGACUUCCUGCACACCUGCCCCGAGGAACAAAGCAUCCUGGUGGGCACGGACUUCGCCAGCUUGGGUCCGGACAUGAGCAACACCACCAUCAUCUAUGUCCAGCCGGACGGCAGUCUGGUGGAGGGCUCCGGGCUGACCCCGGAGGAGCAGAGGUCUCUCCUGGAACAGCUCACCAAACAGCAGGUCGUCCAGGUGUCGGACUCGGAGGCCGCCCAGCUGCUCCAGCAGAGCCAGGCGGUCAAAGGCAGCCCGCCGGUCCACAAUGCGGCCCUCAACCCCAGCCAGCUGCAGCAAGUCAUCAGCCAGGUGACCAAGUCCCAGCAGGUAGUCCAGACCCCCCAGCAGAUGGUCAAGCAGGUGGUCCAAGUCCAGGCGAGUCCCCAGAACCUUUCCCAGCAGAUAGUCCAGACCCCCAAGCAGGUGGUCCAAGUCCAGACGAGUCCCCAGAACCUUUCCCAGCAGGUAGUCCAGACCCCCCAGCAGACGGUCAAGCAGGUGGUCCAAGUCCAGACGAGUCCCCAGAACCUUUCCCAACAAGUAGUGCAGACGGUCAAGCAGGUGGUCCACGUCCAGACCAGUCCCCAGAACCCUCCUCAGCAGAUGAAGACCGUGGUCCAACAGGUUGUAGCGCAGAGCGGGGGCAGCGUCCAGAAGUCGGAACCGGUCAGGAUCCAGGUCCAGGCUCCUCCUAAACAGGAAGUUAAGGUCUCCACCAAUGGCAGCGCUCAGAUCUUUCACAUCCAGCCAAUGGUGGGCCAGCAGGGCCAGCAGUUGUUCCUGCAGCAAAACCUGGGAGACCCCCCCAUCCAGCUGCUGCUCCAGAGUCCCGGGUCGCUGCUCCCGCUGGUCCACAAGCUGCCGGCGCAGACGUCCUCCGCCGUGGUUGCUGCUGCGCCUCACAAGCACGUGUCUUCCCCCGCCAAGACUCCGCCCACCCCUACCGCCAAAUUUGCAAGUGUGUCUCUGAUCAAAACCCCUGCAAACAGCACAGUGGCGACCCCCGUCAAAAGUCCACUUGGUCCGGCAAAGACCGGCGAUCCAGUCCCCGCCCAACAUGUGGGGGCUCCGCCCCCGGCGGCCAAGGAUGGCGAGAAAGAAAAAGUGAAAAAGAGCAAGAAGAGAGACAAAAAAGCUGCCAAAGUCCAGACCAGGUCUGGUCGGGUGUCCAGACCUCCAAAGUAUAAAGCCAAGGACUACAAGUUCAUCAAGACCGAAGACUUGGCUGAGAGCCACCAGUCGGACUCUGACGAUUACUCUGACAUGAGUAUGGAAGAGGAGGAGAGGAAGGACAACUCCGCCCCUGACGCCGCCAUGUCCCUCACCUACGGCCACAAGUCCCGGUCCCACCGCUGCCAGACCUGCGACAAGGCCUACAUCGGCCCCGGGGGUCUCAACCGUCAUUACAAGCUCAACCCCAGCCACGGGGAGCCGUCCUGCGACACGCCGCACCCCCUCAGCGACGACGAGCGAUCGCCGGGUCCCGCCGAAGAAGAGCCCAGCGAGGAGAAGGCUGUCGUCGUGGCUACCAGCAGGGACCCGCUCGCUUCCGGGGGAUUCCGAGGCCUCCACCACCGGGGUGUCGGCAGGCCCCGGGGGCGGGGAAGGGGAAGGGGACGAGGACGACCAUUGGGACCGCCCACCAAGUUCCCUCAGGUGUCGGGCGGGCUAAUCAGGAGGGGUGGGCGCCGCGGGCGGCCACCCAAGCUCAGCGUUGCCAUGGCGACUGCCGAGCAGCAGGUGGAAAGGAGACGAGAACGACUGCAGGAGCUUGUGGAGCAGUGUGAAGACGAGGAGCUGAUGGACAUUGUUCUUCCUCGUUUGACCAAAGUCUUAAGUGUCUGGGAAAUGCUGCUGGCCAAGGUGGAGCGCGGCGGUCCGGCUCGCAGCUAUUUCCCCGAUAUCUACCGAGAGUUUGAGUCCCUGCAGGCGCAGGUGAGGCAAGCCGCCCAGGAUUACAUCGUGGCUCCGGUGGGCGGGGCCACACCCCUGGAGAUCAGGAACAUUGAGGUGGCCAGAUGUCUAGGCAUCCUGGAUGAGGUGAACAGGAUGAAGGUCCUUCCCGGAGCUAGUCCCAGUCCCAGUGUCAGCAACAAGAACAGCCGAUACUUGGAGAACUCCAAGAUGCUUCCUCCUUCCAAGCGCUUCAAGAUGGAGAACAGCGCUCCUCUGCACCACAAUGGUACUGACACCACAGGUGUCAGCCCCGUUACUCCACCCCCGCCCGUGGUCACAGCGCCGCCAGCUGUGACUCCGCCCCCUAGUGUGGUUUCGCCUCCGCCAGCUUCGACUCCAACUCCUAGCGUGGUCUCAACUCCACCAGUUGUGACUUCACCCCCACCAGCUGUGACUCCGCCCCCUAGCGUGGUCGCAGCGCCGCCAGCUCCGACUCCACCUCCACCUCACGACUCAUCCUGCUCCACCGGGCCUGAACAGGCUCCUCCCCCUGCCACGCCCAUGGAGGUGACUGCCGGUGAGAAUGAGGAGGCCCCGCCCACAGAGGAGGCAGAUAAGUCAGCCUGGACAGUCCAGAACGUGAGCCAGACCACCUCAGAAGACCCGACGGAGUCCUGCCAGACCAAAGAACUGGAAGAGGGCGAGGAGAUCUACAUCCAGACCGAAGGCAUGACGGUCCAGCUGGCGGAGCCCGGACAAGAAGGCAUCGUCAUUGUCAACGGCCCCGACGGGACCACCAUGCACAUCCAGACCCCGGAAGGCGUCCCCCUGGAGGCGGUCCAGGCCCUGCUGGGCAUCGAAGGCUCCAAAAGCACCUGA